AUGGUGACAGAGGGUUUACCAGAGCUUGUGCUGCAGGCGGAGGCCUUGUUGCUGGAGGUGGGGGCGGAGAUGGGGAGGACGGAGGAGGAGAUGAGGCCCUUCAUACACAAGAUAGUGGAACAGAACUGGCUUGAGACGAGAGAGAGCCUCGCUGCUUUAACCAACGAGCAGUGGAAAACCCUGGGGAUUCCUCUCCGCCUAGAAACCGCCCUGAGGGCUCGGCUUGCUGCUGCUGCUGCUGCUGCUGCUCCUGCUGCUGCUGCUGCUGCGCCAGCUGCUGCUGCGCCAGCUGCUGCUCCUGCUGCUGCUGCUGCUGCUGAGGGCAGCAGCAGUGAAAGAGGAGGUGCAGCAACGCCCGACGCUGGGGUCGCAUCCGCGAGGCCCGGCAGCAGGGAACGGAAAGAGGCAAUCCGCGUGCUGCAGCAGCUGCUGCUGGGGGUUUUGCUGCAGCCGGCAGCAGCAAAAAAGAGAAAAGUGGGUCGCCACCCCUCAGCAGUGAGGGUUUUGCUGUCGGUGGGGUUUGUUGAGGAGAUGAAUGGAGGGGAGCAGUGUUUGGUGCUGCGAGCGGCAUACCUGCAGCGGCUAGUAUUAUGUUAUCGUCUGCUGGCGGAGGUUGCUGCACCGCUGGGGGUUUUGCUGCCGCCGCUGCCGCAGGGUUACUUCGACCCCUUCUCUAGGUUUGCGUGCUGCAGCACUCUACCGCCGUCUGCAGCAGAAGCAAGAGCAGCGGAGGCGCGGGAGAUCGAGCAGCAGAUAAAAGAGAGGGAAAAGCUGCUAGCAACAGGGGGAGGGGCAGCUCCCCCACCCCUAGACGUUCAGGUGUAUACACUGAGCGAAAUGAGGCAGAGAGACCGCGAGCAGCAGCAGCAGCAGCAGCAGCAGCAGCAGCAGCAGCAGGAUGACUUUCAUGAUGGAGGAGGCAGCGCCGGCUAUUUUACACCAGCAGAUAUUGCUCGCAUCAAAGACACUGUGUGA